AUGUAUACUUGUAAUUCAUGCAGUUUGCAAUUCCGAACUCCAGAGGAUCAAAGAUCCCAUAUGAAGUCUGACUGGCACAGAUAUAACUUGAAAAGAAGAGUGGCUAAUUUACCAGCUAUUGAUGAAGAAUUAUUUAAUGAAAAAGUUCAAAAGUUAUCUUUAGAAGAAGAAAAUGCAAAUGAGACAAAGGGUAAAAAAGUUUCCAAGAAGGAUCAAAGAAGGAAAGAAAAAGAAGCUCUUUUGGAGAAGAAGAAACAAUUACUUGAAAUUGCAAAGCAAAAUAUGUUGAAAUCCAUGAACUCUAGUAAUACUGGUGAUAAAGUUGAAGAAUCAAAAGAACAACAAGAAGAAAUUAAAGAACAAGUUGAACAAGUUCAAGAAGAUAUCAAGCAAGAAAAUGAUGAAGAAUUAACAGAAGAACAACAAGCUGAAAAGAUCAUGGAGGAAAAAUUGAAAAAUAAAGUUGAAAUUCCUUUAGAAGUUUGUUUGUUUUGUAACAAAAAGUUCCCAUAUUUUGAAGAAUGUUUAAACCAUAUGUUCAAGAAACACGGUUUCUACAUUCCAGAGCAAAAAUAUUUGGUUGACAAGGAAGGUCUUGUGAAGUACAUGGCUGAAAAAGUCGGAUUGGGUAAUAUGUGCUUUGUUUGUAGCUUUCAAGGGAGAUCUUUAGAAGCUGCCAGAGCUCAUAUGAUUUCUAAAAAUCAUUGUAAGAUUCCAUAUGAAAGUGAGGAUGAAAAAUUGGAAAUAUCAGAGUUUUAUGAUUUCACAUCAACUUAUGAUGAUUAUAAACAAGUUGAAGGUGAUGAAAAUGAAGAUGAAUGGGAAGAUGUUGAAGGUGAAGAAGGUGAAGAAGGUUCAGAUGAUGAAGAAGAAGAAUUACCACAAGAAGUUUCAUACAAUGAUGGUAUUGAACUCCAUUUACCAAGUGGUGUUAAAAUUGGUCAUCGUUCUUUAGCUAGAUAUUACCGUCAAAACUUGAAACCAGAAACAGUUCUCACUGAAGGUCAAGGUACAGUUAUUGCUGCAGAAUCUAGACAUUUGGCUACUGUUCAUGACAGAGCUCAAUUACUAGAAAAGAAAAGAGUAUGGAAGAAUGAAAUUCAUCAUAAAGACAGAGAUGAUAGAAGAGCUGCUAAAUUCAUCAAUAACCAACCUCAUUACAGAGACCAAUUGUUACAAUAG